UAGUUACUGUAACGAGAAAAAAAACCCGGUGAAUUCCCUUUUUAACGCAGACUUAAAGAAAGCACCUUACUUGUACAUAAUAUUAUUUCAAACUGGGAAAAGUGAAAAAAUGAGAUUUGCAAGAAAGUGUGCUCUUAAAAUAGUAAGAUUUAUUUUCUUACUUCAAAUCAUUAUUACGUCACCAUUGGCAACAGAUGCCUUUGGUUGUAAUGAUGGUAACGUACAGUCAUGGACGCCGCCUUGGUCUGACAACAGAGACGAUCUUUAUUGUGAUAACGAAUGUUUUGAAGAAAGCGCGGAAAAGAACUGUUGCUCGUGCAACUCGUGUACCUCGUGGAUGGGAGAAGAAAUUGAUUUAUAUAUCGAAGAAUUGUCAAUCACUGGAAAAAAUAUUGUGCUAUCAAACAAUCAAUCCGUGGAGUCCAACGUUUACAAGAUAUACAGAAGUCAGUCAGAAAUGAAAGAGUUUCCAGUUAAUUUAUGCAAAGACGUUAACGAUACAAACUUAGGAGCUUUGUUUACUUCAUUUUCAAAUAUUUCUGUCUACAGAGAUAGAAUAGUGCUUAUCAACCUUGAAUACAACGACAUAGAAGUACUAGCGGACAUCAGUUGUUUGUAUAAGCUCGAUGAGUUAAAUUUACGGUACAACAGUAUUUCAUACUUGUCAAAUAUGUCUUUUGUAAACCUUUCACAUUUGCGAUCUCUAAGAUUAGAGGGUAAUAAAUUGACAGUGCUGGAACCAAAUACUUUCUCCUCUACAAAUCAACACUUACUGUAUGUAGACAUAAGUGGAAAUCAGUUAAAAACUCUAGAUGUGUCUAACAUUGUGCCACCAUUUCCUUUCUGUGAAAUUAACGUCGCAUCAAAUGAAAUAACUGAAUUUGUUAACCAUGCCGAGUUUACAUUGGAUACUAGUGAAAUUUAUGGACCCGGAUUUAUAAACUUUCAAGAUAAUUCCCUUCAAAAAUUUCCUGAUUUGAAAACGCUUCUGAAUAUAGACGACAUCAGUGUAUUAGGUAAAGUCUGGGAUUUCGGAUUUGACUUACGGGGGAUACCAAUAGUAUGCGACUGUGCUUUACAGCCGUUUUUGUCGUUGGCAAAAGAUAUAAUUAAAGCUCUUUGGCGUGAUUAUUUUGUGGUAGAGUGUACAGCUCCAGAACUGCUUAUGGGUGUCUCUAUUCCAAAUUUAAAUCUGUCAGAUUUAGUUUGUCCACUCGGUGCAGAUUCAGGAUGCCAAUCACCACAAUGUACAUGCGUUGAUGAACCAAACAAAGAUACUCUAAUCAUAGACUGUUCAAAUGCAAUCCCUUCUCUCCAACAUUUCCCUACCAUUCCAAAUUCCACAUAUUCAUCACAGGUGUCUCUGAAUCUGUCUGGUAAUGCAAUAAGGUAUAUACCUGAUGGGCCGUACUUGUCAAAAUUGUCUAACUUAGAUUUAAGUAAUAACGAUAUCCGUGAAAUAGAUGACCAUAUGGCAAGGAAGCUUGAGGCGGCAGUUAUAGAUUUAAGAAACAAUGAUCGUCUUCUUAGACUACCGCAAACUUUUCAAUACCGGAACGCUUGCUUAAUCGUCAUUGAUGACAUCACCAUAGAUUGUGACUGUGACUCUCAAUGGAUUGCCGAAUGGCUGAAAUCGAAAGAUUGCGAAACCGGUCAGUUUUAUUGCAAUGUACCAGGAAAAGGAAUUAUCCCAGCCAGUUCAUUUAACGUAGAUGAUUUAGAUUGCUCGGAGCCGAAUAUUCUGGUUACAAUGAUCAGUAGCGUUAUAGGAGGAAUAACUGCCCUCUGUAUAGCGUCUGCUGUUGUUAUAUAUAAAUUAAGGUACGAGGUUCUAAUUGUUUACCUCCAAAUGAGAAGGAAGAGAAAGGAGAAUUAUAUGACACACCCUGAAUUUUUGUAUGACGCGUAUAUUACGCUAGAUGAGAACAAUAAUGAUAGUUUAUCUUGGGUCAAUAAACAUCUUGACAACUAUCUCACCAAUCUGGGAUAUAAUGUUUUUAUUCCCUAUAGAGAUAUUCGUUUUGGAGAUGUACGUGAGAAUCAAGCUAUACAUGCAAUUGAACGCUCACGUGCUGUUUUGGUUAUACUGACAAACAAUUACUUCCAUACGGAUGACGAUGAACGCUCAUCAACUGUCUGCGAAUGGAAAUACGCAUGGAAUAACUUUAGAAAUAACAGAUGUAAAAAGAUCGUCCUUGUUAAUUUUGAUUAUGUUUCCGCCAGUAACAUUAGCCAUGCUCAAGUGAAAGCGUUUCUCCGUGUUGGAUCUUGUGUUAAUUUCAGGAAUCAUGACCGUAAUAUUAUGAACCAAAUUUGUGAAAAACUUGGUGAACCGCAAGUAAAAUUAAAAGCUCCAAAUACUUGUGCUGGCGGAAAGAUGAGGCUAAAACGGGAAGAGACCAGCAGUGACUUGUCAGUCGUAGAAAUAGAGUUACAACAAUUUAACUGAGGAGAAAAAAUACUGCAGAGAAAAAUUAUACACUAAUUCUCACAAAUGUUCAAUUUUUUAGACGGAAUACUGUAUAAACUAUAGAUCAAUUAUGCAUGUAACAUUGUACAACUAUAUCACCAUUGUAUAUACAAUAUGUGUAUUUUGUAUGAAAAUAACUCAAUCUACUUUAUUUAUAGCUGCUACAGGCAUUCAUCUUGUCAACUCGGUCCGCCCCUGACGAGUGUUUAUGUAGGUGGAUAGUGAAACAGUUACAAAAGCCCAUCAUAGCAAAGAAAAACGCAGUUUCAUAACGCUCGGAUCCCGGCUUUUAAAAUCUCAACAGGGAGACUGUAUCAUGUAUACCUUUCAAUAGAGAAGCAGGCAAUCCAACUUUAUAUUUCUCAAUAUAUUGUAAGCCAAUUUAAAUUAAAUUGACAUUAUGCUCAUCAAAGGUGAAAAUUAAAAUAUUUUUUUUUCAUUUUGCCAUAAUUCCUUUCAAUUUUAUAAACGAUAAAAAACUAACAUGACCCCAGGAAAUUUCUAUAGAUAUCUAUCGGAAAUUACCUUUUACCUUCAAUUUAUAAAAAGAUUAGGGCAGUUUUCUUUUAUAUUUUAGGCAGUUUUAUAUUUUAUCCUUAUUAUUUUCCAAUUACUCACCAUUAUAACAGUCAUAGUCUUUUGAAAUAUUUUGUCAAUUCAGCUCAACUUGACAAUGAACAAUUGUACAUAACGUCACUACUGCACCACCUCGUCCCUCUAAUAAGAUUCCGAAAUACCACAGCGGUGUGUAAUAAUAAUUGUAAAAAAUUAAUUAUAAAAAAAAACACAUUUAAACACGUUGCUUAAAUAUGACCAGUUUGUUUUUAACAUUUUGUAAUUUUGUAAAUAGCUGUGCCUUUUUAAAAUUCAUAGAAAUCUAUGUCUUUAUACUUAAAUUGAUACUAAAUUUAAAGCUGUUUACAUUUGUAUACAAUAUAUAACAGACCCAGAAAUGUGCUGUGCUGUGCUUACUUGAUUUUUUCUGCGUUAACAUAUCACCAACGUUUAAUAAACAUAUU